AAAGAUAACAGCGGUUGCAAUGCACAUUAUAUAAAAUAAACAGUUUGUAUUGCAGAUUUUAUUGUAUUGUACGACCAGGUGUAAGACAACUUGUUUUUGUCAACGAAAUUCAAAAGAUUUAAUAACAAUGAAGCUACAACUACUAGCAUUCGGAAUAUUGCACAUGACGCUGGGUCUGCCGGUGACUCUCGACGACUUGCAGAUGGCAGACGACACCAUGUCGCUCGGCACAUACGUUCGGGAAGUGCGAGCGGCAUCGCCCGAUAACUACCACAAGUCGUACGAGAACGAAGGAGAUGGUGAGAUCGGGUACGCGCGCAAGAAGUCCGGCGGGGGCAAGAAGGGCUACCAGCACUUCGACUCGUACCACAAGAAGGCGGGGGACAACUACGAGUUCGAGAAGGAGGACUCCUACGGCCUUGACAACGAGGAGCAGGCCGGCGCGCACAGUCAUCCCCAAGAGAAAGCUGAAAAAUAUAGUGAACCAGAACUAAAGAGAGGUAAUGAUGAAGCUGUAGAAGAUGAUGGGGAAGAAAAGCAACACGGGGAACUAAAACUGGGUGGCAGCGACGGCAACGGGGGAGUAGAAGCUCACGGACAUAACCCAGAUGACUAUAAACUGCCGGAAAAAUAUACUUAUGGUGCAGGAGAAGAAUAUGACUUCUAAAAAAAUGUGAUUACUCACAAUUUACUAGUCACAACUCACAACGGACGAUAAAUGAGGAGAAAUAUUGAAAGCCUUAGUAGGUGGCGCUAGCGGCAAGUUUCCUUCUAUCACCUGUAAAGAAUUUUGUACUUCAUUAUUAAGAAUUUUAACGAACUAGGGCUAUUGCAAUAACUCCAUUCCUCGCCAACCCGCCAUUAGCCGUCGCAGCGCCGCCGCCUCAAAGUCGUCGAUUUAGCGGGAUAAAGAUAUAAACUUGUUAGAAAAACGUUAUGUCGUUCUCGCUUGCUCGGGUGGACAACGCGCUCCACGACUCACCAUCAACACGACUAUGUAAUAUCCA